AUGGGAGAUUCUCCGGGCGAUCGAGUCGCGGGAGAUGAUUUUGCCAGACUGGUGGAGCAGGCCAAGGAGUUGCAGGACGCGGCGGCGGCGUUAAUCUCUCGCACUUCCCGCGAAGAAGACGAGCUCCGUCAGCGCGUUGCCUCACUCGACUCCCACAUCCAGUCCCUCCGGAACUCGAAACAUGACGACAAAUGGGAUGAGGAGCUGAUUAAAGCGAGAUACGUUUUGAUUGAAGGAGAUGCAGCGGCAUUACUUCCGAGCAAAUCUCAUGGAAACUUUUUGAGGAUGUUUUUGGGGCCGAUUAAUGUUCGGGCUACUAGGAAAGAUGUGCAGUUGAAAGUGAAGGAUGAAUAUAAUAAAUUCAGAGAUAGAACGUCAUUUUUGUUCCUUUUUUUCCCAUUGCUGCUGCUGAUGUUAAGGUCAUGGAUUUGGGAUGGAUGUCUGCCUGCAUUGCCAGUACAACUUUAUCAGGCAUGGUUGCUGUAUCUCUACACAGGUUUGGCAUUGAGAGAAAACAUCCUGAGAGUUAAUGGAAGUGACAUACGUCCAUGGUGGAUCAAACAUCAUUAUUGUGCUAUGGCUAUGGCUCUUAUAAGUCUUACUUGGGAGAUAGAGAGGGGACCUGAUUGUGCCCAGAAACAGAGAGGUGUACAUUUGUUUCUAAAAUGGGCAAUUAUGCAAGGAGUUGCAAUGAUUCUCCAGAAUAGAUACCAAAGGCAAAGACUAUAUACACGUAUUGCUCUAGGCAAGGCCAGGAGAAUGGAUGUUGUCUGGGGAGAAACUGCUGGAGUGGAGGGUCAGUUACUGGUGUUGUGCCCUGUACUCUUCAUCUUGCAGGGUUUUGAAGCAUAUGUUGGAGUUUUAUUGCUUAAAACUGCACUUGUCGGAUUCUUCUCUGAGUGGCAGGUGAUUACUUGUGGGAUUCUUCUGAUUAUCAUGGCUGUUGGAAAUUUUGCCAACACGGUGCAGACACUUAUGACAAAGUCUCGUGUUAAAGCAAAAAUUAAGAGGGAAAAAGCAGGAAAGUGGGAGCAAGGCAUGUUUCAGUCAUCGAAAUUGUUCUUUAGCAUUGGAAAACAAAUGGACCGGAAAACUUAA